AUGAUUACAAGUAAUCCUGCGAUUGAUCAAUCAAUAGAUGAUCCACCUGAAUCAAAGAAACAAUCAAUCGAUAAUAUUGGAGGUGGCGAGGGCAUUCAUGAUAGUCAUGUAAUUGAAAUAGAUGAUGGUGACAUCCCGAUUAGGAGCCCGGAAGUGAUUGAUAUGACUGGUGAAGAUGAUGCCGAUGUAGAAGACGAUGGAGAGGUUGAUCUUGAAGUCGAUGACGAUGAUGAUGAUGAUAUUGAAAUAAUUGAAGAUGAUGAAGAUGAAGAUGUGGUUGUUGUUAAUGAUAAACCAAAGACCCUAGCAUAUCCCAUAGCUAAUGAUUUUUCUAAUCUUGCUGGAAAACUUAUGAAACCUAUUCAGGAUUAUCCUGUUAAAGAUCAAACUCAUUUCGUAUGGGAAAUCAAAGAAUGGUCCCAAUUGAAAGAAGAUAAAGUUAGAUCACCACGUUUUAAAUGUGGUGGAUUCGAAUGGAACAUUUUAUUAUUUCCAAGAGGUAAUUCAAACAAUAAUAUGAUUUCUGUUUAUAUGGAACCACAUCCACCUGUUGAUGAAGAAGGUAAUCCAAUAGAUGAUAAUUGGUAUGUUUGUGCCCAAUUUGGAUUGGAUGUUUGGAACCCGGAACACCCUGAAGCACAUCUCCCAAGUGGAAGCUCCCAUAGAUUCACCAAGAAUGAGACCGAUUGGGGAUUCAGUUCUUUGAUAGAUUUAAAACAAUUGGCCUCAGCUAAUACAGCUAGGAAUACAACCCCUUAUCCAAUUUUAGAGAAUAAUAAGUUGAAUAUAACCGGUUACGUUAAAGUGAUUGAUGAUUCUUCUACAGGGGUAUUAUGGCAUUCAUUUAUAGAUUACGAUUCAAAGAAGGCAUCAGGUUAUGUGGGGUUAAAUAAUCAAGGUGCUACAUGUUAUUUAAAUUCAUUGUUGCAAAGUUAUUUCACAACUAAAUGUUUCAGGAAAUUGGUUUAUGAGAUCCCAACUGAUCUGAUCUCUGGUGGAGUUCCAUUGUCAUUACAACGUAUCUUUUACUUAUUAUCUACAUCCAACGAUCCUGUUGGGACUUUGGAAUUAACAAAAUCUUUCGGGUGGGAUUCUUCUGAUGCAUUUACUCAACAUGAUGUUCAAGAAUUGAAUCGUAUUUUGAUGGACAAAUUAGAAACUGCAAUGAAGGGGUCUAAUAUUGAAGGAAAGUUGAAUGAUAUAUUUGUUGGAAAGAUGAAAUCGUAUAUUAAAUGUGUUAAUGUCCCAUACGAAUCACUGAGAGUUGAAGAUUUUUGGGAUAUUCAAUUAAAUGUCAAAGGAUUCCAGAAUUUAGAAGAUUCAUUCAAAAACUACAUCGAAAUUGAAAUGUUAGAAGGUGAGAACAAAUAUCAAGCAGGUGAUGAGCAUGGAUAUCAAGAUGCCAAGAAGGGUGUGGUCUUUGAAGAGUUCCCACCUGUAUUGCAUUUACAAUUAAAGAGGUUUGAGUAUGAUUUUAUGGUUGAUGAUUUAGUGAAGAUUGACGAUUUUUAUGAAUUUCCUGACAAGAUUGAUUUGAAGCCUUAUUUGGACGAAGAUUUAUCUAGCGACAUUAAGGACCAAAACUGGAAUUAUAAAUUACACGGAGUUCUUGUUCAUCAAGGUAGUAUUUCCAAUGGUCAUUAUUACGCUAUGAUAAAACCCCAUGCCAAAGACAAUACUUGGUUAAGAUUUGACGAUGAUAAAGUAUGGAAAGUUACUCCAACCCAAGUGUUCCAAGAUAAUUUUGGUGCAGUUGAUUUGACACAAGAGGAAUUGAGUAAAAUGACAAGAUUAGAACAACAGGAACAUUUAAUGAGAAGAGUAACUUCUGCUUAUAUGUUGGUAUAUUAUCGUGAAGAAGAAUUACCUAAUAUCUUACCUGAUGACGACAGCGUUAUAGACUCAUCAAUCCCAGACCAUAUACCCAAUCAAAUUAAGUAUGAACUUGAACAACGUGACAGAUUGGAAAAGGCAAGACAAGAAGCAUUAUAUUAUACAGAUGUGAAAUUUAUUACUGUGAAUACUUUAAACCAUCAUGUAGGAUUUGAUUUGGCCUUGGAUGACACUAGUGCAAGAUUUUACGACGAGAGUUUGAGAGGAACUGCAUGUGAUCCUCUAGAUUUCAAGGUGAAGAAGGAUGAUAGAUUUGGUAGUUUGUAUGAACUUGCAGCUAAGGAAUUAGGAUAUCAAGAUACAAAUUCGAUUAGACUACUAGCCGUUUGUCAUAGACAUAAUCAUUCAAAUAGAGUUGAUGCAGUUUUAGAUGGAGAUCUCAAGAAUGCUGCGGUUAGCAAUGUCUUUUCCACGAGUUUUACCAGGAAGUAUGAUAAUAUGGUGUUAUAUGUGGAGCAAUUGAAUAAGGAUUUAAGAAACAUAAAUCAGCUUGUAACUUCUUCUGAAUCUAUUGAUCCAAAGGACUUUAAAUGGGGUCAAGUACUUUCUAAGAUUGAAGAAGUUAGCACUGAGGUUGAUCCAGAUAUGAAGUUUGUUGAUAUUCAAGAACACGGAUCCCCAAUAAUCAUAUUCAUCAAGUAUUUUGAUCCUAUUUCACAAGAAAUUAGAGGAUUGUCUCAUAUGGCAGUUUCUAAAGAUGACACCAUUAUUUCAAUUGAAGACCCCAUAAGACAAUUCCUUGGUUUUAACAACGAAAUCACUUUUGAUUUUUUCGAAGAGUUAUCUCCAUUGAAGAUUGAAAAGAUAAAUCCUACAGUCACGUUUUCUAAGCAAGAACUUAGUACUGGAGAUAUCAUUACCGUUCAGAUUAAAGAUGUUGAGAAGUUAACUGAAGGUAAACAAUUCCAUAACCUAAAAGAUUAUUAUAGAUUUAUGUUAACAAGGGCCCAUAUCUCAGUCAGACCUUUUAAAGCUGACAGAGAUGAAGAAGAUUCCGAUUUUGUUGCUAAUGAAGAAAAUGGAAAUGCUAAGGAUCAAAUUGAGACUGAAGACAAUGAGAUUACAAACAAGGAAAUAGAAACUGCAAAGAACUUGAGUAAGACAUUUGAUAUGUGGGUAUCUAGCGAUUAUAGCUAUCAACAGUUUGCAAAGGAGAUUAGUUUAAGGUUAGGUCCUAAUGUUGAUCCUAAUUAUUUGAGAAUAUUCCUCUUGAGUAAUCAAGGUCAAAGAUAUCCUUUGAAAACUGUUCAUCAUUUAUCUCAAUUUCUCGCCAAGACAGUUGCUGCCAAUCAGUUAGUUCAUUUUGAAUAUGAGAUUCUUAAUAUCCCAUUGAGAGAAUAUGAGAAUUUGAAAGCAUUUAAAAUUCACUGGUUGACUAGUUUAUUGCAAUAUCAAGUGUAUGAAUUGUUGGUUCCUAAAAAAGGUCUUGUGUCUGAUUUGGUUAAUAAGCUUAUGCAUAAAGUAAACAUACCACAAAGACAUUUAAAGCAUCUUUUGUGUUGGAAUGGUACUAGUCACAGCUAUUAUGAUUUGCUUAAGUUUGAUAAACCCUUAAGUCAGAUCCAAGAUGGUGUUGAUCUUUAUUGUGGGAUUUUCCCAGCUGAGGUAGAAGUGUUAACUGCUCAUGAUUUAAUUAAGAGAUUCACGGAUGAACCAGUUAAUGAAGAUGAAGAUUUUGAUAAUGAGGCAGUAAAGGAAGAAUAUAUCUUGGCUAAGAAUGAGAGUAAGAAUUUGAAUUUGAUUCCAGUUUAUCAUUUUUAUAAGAAUGGUGAUUAUCGUCAUGGGAUUCCAUUUAUAUUCAUCGCUUUUCCUAAUGAAUCAUUUAAAGAAACUAAAGAAAGAUUGCGUAGAAAACUUGGAUUGGGAAUUCAAGCAUUUGAUAAAAUUAAGUUUGCAUUGAGUGAUAAUAACAUGGGUGCUUAUUUGAAUACGGAAGAUGAAUCAUUAAAUCUUUUCAAUGAAAUUGGUAACUCACGCUCAGGUCUGAUUUCAUUAGGACUUGAUCAUCCAGAUCGAUCUCCAAAACGUCCAAAUCAAUUCGAUAAAGGUAUUUCAAUUAAGUAA